GUUCUCUACUUUGGUCGGCCAUUAUUUAACGCUUUGAACCUAAUCUAGCCCAGCCAAAGAAGAAGACGAAGCAAAACCAAAUCCAAAGAUCUCCAUUUUCGUAGCUUCUUUAAACCAAAGAGAAAGUUUUUCACUUUUUUGAUUAGAAAUGGCUUUAGCUGUAACUUCUUCUUCUUCAACUGCGAUCUCUGGAUCGAGUUUCUCUCGUUCAGGAGCUUCUUCUGAAUCUAAAGCUCUUCAAAUCUGUUCGAUUAGGUUAUCAGAUCGAACCCAUUUGUCUCAGAGGCGUUACUCUUUGAAACCUUUAAGCGUUGAGUCACAUUCACGAAACGAAUCUUGGGUUUCUCGUGCUUCAACUCUAAUUGCUCAUGAAGUUGAAGAGAAAGAAGGAGAAGUUGAAGACUUUGAGCAACUUGCUAAAAAGCUUGAAGAUGCUUCUCCACUUGAAAUCAUGGAUAAAGCUCUUGAGAGAUUCGGAGAUGAAAUCGCAAUUGCUUUUAGUGGUGCUGAAGAUGUUGCAUUGAUCGAGUACGCUCGUUUAACUGGAAAGCCUUUUAGGGUUUUUAGUUUAGACACAGGGAGGUUAAACCCGGAAACGUACAGACUCUUUGAUGCUGUCGAGAAGCAGUACGGGAUUCGGAUCGAGUACAUGUUUCCUGAUGCAGUUGAGGUUCAAGCUUUGGUGAGGAACAAGGGUUUGUUCUCUUUUUAUGAGGAUGGUCAUCAAGAGUGUUGCCGUGUGAGGAAAGUAAGACCUUUGCGUCGUGCUCUUAAGGGUCUUAAAGCUUGGAUUACAGGACAGAGGAAAGAUCAAUCUCCGGGUACGAGAUCCGAGAUCCCGAUUGUUCAGGUUGAUCCGGUGUUUGAAGGAUUAGAUGGUGGUGUUGGAAGUCUUGUGAAGUGGAAUCCUUUGGCUAAUGUUGAAGGAAGUGAUGUGUGGAACUUUUUGAGAACGAUGGAUGUUCCGGUGAAUGCAUUGCACGCGCAAGGAUAUGUGUCAAUCGGGUGUGAGCCUUGUACUAGGCCGGUGCUUCCUGGUCAGCAUGAGAGAGAAGGAAGGUGGUGGUGGGAAGAUGCUAAAGCUAAAGAAUGUGGUCUGCACAAAGGGAACAUCAAGGAGGAAGAUGGUGCUGCAGAUUCAAAGCCUGCGGCUGUGCAAGAGAUAUUCGAAAGCAACAAUGUGGUUGCAUUGAGCAGAGGAGGGGUUGAGAAUCUUAUGAAGCUAGAGAAUCGCAAAGAGGCGUGGUUGGUUGUGCUUUACGCUCCUUGGUGCCCUUUCUGCCAGGCGAUGGAAGCAUCAUACAUCGAAUUGGCUGAGAAACUUGCGGGAAAAGGAGUUAAAGUGGCGAAAUUUCGGGCUGACGGUGAGCAGAAGGAGUUUGCUAAGCAAGAACUUCAGUUAGGGAGCUUCCCGACGAUACUUCUCUUUCCGAAAAGCGCUCCACGAGCUAUUAAGUACCCGUCAGAGCAUAGAGAUGUUGAUUCGCUUAUGACGUUUGUGAAUCUUCUUCGAUGAGUUAUGAGAUCGAAAAUCAAAAUAGUGUGGUGAAGAAUGAAAGAGAAUUGAGAUGAAGGAGUGAUUUCAUCUUGGUUAUAAGAUUGUGGACCUCAGAGAAUAAACAAGAGUUUCUCUU